AUGGUGCUGGAAAGUGAGACCAUCAAUGCCUACAUGUUCCAUCUGGUGCAGAAUUUUAAUAAGCAGUCAACCGAGCAAGCGUUCUACAUUGACACCUUUGAAAUGACUGGCAUUUGGGGCAGCAAGAAAUCCGAAUUUAAGAUUGAUCCAAUGAUGUACAAGUACAUUAUUGGCAUCAUCAAUGAACACAACCACUGGACUGUGACGGUUAUGCUGCCAUCCAAGAAGAGGGCUCUGUUCCUCAACCCAAUGGGGGAAAGUGCCAGAAAGAUAAAAAGAUGCCAGGGGGUGACAAGGUGGUGUGCUGUGCUGCUGUGCUGUACAGGGCUGUGGUCAUGGCUUCACCCAGAGACACUGAGCCAGGCUUCAGCCGUCAACCUGCGCCGCUUCAUUGGCUGUGCCGUCCGGGAGUUCACCUUCCUGGCCAGGAAACCAGGCUGUGGAGGGCUGCACAUCACCACCGACGCCUGCUGGGGACGCUGUGAGACCUGGGAGAAGCCUGUCCUGGACCCUCCCUACAUAGAGUCAUACCAGCGUGUGUGUACCUACAACGAGACCCGCCUGGUGACGGUGCGGCUGCCUAACUGCUCAGCCAACGUGGACCCCAUGUACACCUACCCUGUAGCCCUGAGGUGUGACUGUGGAGUGUGCCUGACCAGUACCACUGAGUGCAUCACCUCUGUUUGACUGCGGUACCAUCACUGGCUCUGGAUAGGGAGAGCAGCAGCGCUGGACGUUUA